UUUCUGUGUUUGUGUUUGCUAAACCAACAGGUGAAAUUCAACAAAAUGGUAUUAAUAUUGCAGCAGAUAUAGAAAAAAUUAUUUUAAUUUAUAAUUUAGAAAAAGUUUUAGCAAUUAUAAAAGAUAAUGCAUCUGUUAUGAAAAAAGCAUGGAAUAUUUUAGAUAAAAAGUAUCCAAAAAUUGUUUUUAUAGCAAUUUUAAAAAAAUAUCAAGAAAAUAAAUAUGGAUCAAAUUAUAAAACUUUUAAAUUACCUGUUGAAACAAGAUGGAGUUUAGCUGCAAAUUGUUUAGAUUCAAUUAAAUUUAAUCAACUAGCAAUUAGUUUAUCUAUUACUGACUUAAUUAAUCAUCCAACUAUUUCU